AUGACAGCUGAGCCUUCUCAAGGCAUUCAAGAACCUCACGGCAUCAAAGUGAUUGAUAUUGAAGAAGGGAAAGUCAAAAAAGCUUUGCCAGGUUGUCGAUAUGUUGCGCUUUCUUACGUGUGGGAGCCACUCCCGGCCGGCCAGAAACCUGAUGAAUACAAGGAGGAUUCACCUUUGGACCUCUCACGCCUACCUCGAACCAUUCUUGACGCGAUUGAUGCUUGUCAAGCCUUGAAUGAAAGAUACUUAUGGGUUGAUGCUCUUUGCAUCAAUCAGAGAGAUGAAAGAGAUAUAUACCAAAUUGGCCAGAUGGACAGAAUUUACAGCUUUGCAGUUGCUACAAUAGUAGCGGCCUGUGAUAAAGAAGCCACGGAAGGCUUACCAGGCAUUCGGUCCCGUAGCUCGGUACGCUCAGAGCCUCCACCAGUCGAUAUCUUGGACGGGACUCUUUGGAGCUCUAGAGGUUGGACAUAUCAGGAAUUUGUUCUCUCUCGACGGCUUCUGCUCUUCACUUCUGCUGGAAUAUAUUUCUACUGCGCCGAGAGCAACAUUACCAGUUUGAAUGGAUGGGAAUUGCCAAGCAUAGGUUAUGCGACUUGUUGGCGUGCUUACAACGAGACGCUUGCAAUCUACUCAGGACGAAGGCUUGGAAGAAAGUCCGACACCCUUAACGCCAUUACUGGCGUACACAGAGUAUUUGCUCGCUACACGGAUGACACUUAUCUGUGUGGCUUACCAGCACGGCAGAUUUUCUAUGCCUUGCUCUGGCAACCACUAGCAGUUUCCCAACGUCAGUCAGCUUGGCCAAGCUGGUCGUGGGCUGGAUGGACUGGCAGUGGUGAUGAUCUGUGCGUUGUUGGAAAUCCUUGCCAGGACGCGGUCACUGAUCAGUGGGGUGAUUCCCCUGCGAGAUGGGGAAGCACUGGCCGGGUAUUUCUUCCUCGACUUGAGAACCUUAAAUUCGAAGCUUCGAAUGGUAUAGAAUUGGACAUCCCUCUCUUCCCGGAUGACGAGGCACUCAAACAAUACUUGAGCAAUCAGCGUGAUAAAGCACUACCAGCUCUAGCAGAGGACAGAACUUUUUGGGAAUCCGGGUAUCUAAAGUUCAAAGCAACAAGCAAGCAAUUCUCCAUUACUCCCGAUGUCAACAAUCCUAGGGUGUCUAAAGACCAUCCAAAAUUGAAGAGGUGUCGGAUAUUAGACGGUGACAGAUGGAUAGGAACCAUUUUCCUAAACCCGGAUGAUGGUGGUAACUAUCCAGACAUCUUAGGGCCUUGUGAGUUCAUAGUCUUGACGACUUUCAAGGCCUAUAACCACAAGAUUGCUGCUUCUUUCCUAGAAGGACUCCUAGAUAUGUCUGUUGAAGAUAAGGAGCCAGCGAUAUUUCCAGCGGAAUACUACCAAGCAGGCCGUGCACAGCAAGAGCGGCAAUUCCGUAUGUGGAUGGCCGGUGAAUUCCAUUCAAAGAAGGGGUACAGGACUAGAGGGGGAAGUAAUUGGGGAAGAAGCUGGGAGUCGGAAAGGGAUCCCCAUAGGGGCAUGCCAUAUCCUGCGCAUUUUGAUUGCUCGCAUGUGAUGUGGAUUGAACGAAAAGGAGACGUUGUUUAUAGGAAGGCAAUCGGUAUUGUUGGUGGCGAUCAUUCGCACGGGUCGUCCUUGGAGGAGUUCUGCUUGGGAUAA